AUGAGCGAUGAAACCCUUCUUCCUGUCUCUGCUGCAGCAGCAACAGCAGCAGCAACAGCAGCAGCAGCAGCGGGGCCCCCAGGGAUUUUGCUGCGUCUUCAUCAGCGUCUUCGCUCAUCUGCUGAUAGUUUAAAUAUAUUUCGUACAUGUGUAUCCCUGUGGGUAGAGGAGAAGGUUGCUGCAGCAACAGCAACAGCAGCAGCAGCAGCAGCAACAGCAGGGGCAGCAGAAGGCUCAGGAUCUUGUGCUGCAGCUGCUGCGGAUAGCAGGGCCGCUGCAGAGAUACAAGCUGUUGUGCAGGAGUGUAUAGAGACAAUAUUUGCUGCAGUAGAGUGCUGGAGGCAGCAGCAGCAGCAAAAGCAGCAGCAGCAGCAGCAGCAACAGCAGCUAAUUGUGCAUCCUCGUCUUCUUAACGGAUGUUUCUUGGUGCUGCAGCUUCUUCUGGCCCCAGCAGAUGGAUCUCCAGCUCUUAGCGGUUGCACAGCAGCAGCAGCAGCAGCUGCUGCUGCUUCUGCUGCUGUAGAGACGCUGAGACUGCUGCCUGCAGCACGAGCAGCAGCCUUGAAAAAGAAGCAGCAGCAGAAGCAGCAGCGACGAGAUGCCUCUAGACCCCGAGUGAAGCACAUAGGUAGAUGCAGCAGACGCGGAAUGGAGGAGCAGGAUGUUGCUGCAGCAGAGCAGCAGCAGCAGCUGCAGCAGCAGCAGCAGCAGCAGUGUGAUUCUUUUGCUGCUUACGGAGAUGAAGAGGAGACAGAAGCUCUAGAAGGUGCAGCAACGACUCUACUCGUGCUGCUGCAUUUUACAGAGGAAGCAGAACAAGCAAACAGCAGCAACAGCAGCAACAGCAGCAGCAGCAGCAAACCACUUGAGAGACUGACAGCGCAGCUGGAGCUGCGGCUCUCCGAGGCUGCUGCUGCUGCUGCUGCGCAGCAUGAAGCAAAUAAAGCAGGAGCAGCAGGCGCAGCAGCACCAGAACCAGCAGCAGCAGCAGCAGCAGCAGGAGCCCCUGCAGCAUCAUCAGCAACUGCAGCAACAGGCUCAGCAUCAGCAGCAGGCUCAGCAGCAGCAGCAACACCAGGAACAGGGAUAGCAGCAGCAGCAGCAGCAGCAGCAAAUCUCGGGGGUCUGUCUUUCGCUGCAUUACUCAAAGUCGCCUCCACCUUCUGCAAAGACGCAUUUGGCUCUGCAGCAGCAAAAGUUAGCAGCAAAACUAAAAUAAAUAAAUUAAUAAAUAAAUUUAUUAAUUAA